AUGUUGGUUCUCCUGGUUGUUGGGGCGAUCUUCGCCGCCACCGUGAUUUACGAUCGAUACUUCCACCCUCUGGCCAAAUUUCCAGGCCCAGCUAUUGCAGCAGCGUCUCCGCUAUGGGCAAUGCACGCCCGGUACUCAGGGAAACUUCUUCCCAAGCUACGAGACUUGCAUGAAAAAUAUGGCCCGGUCGUUCGAAUAUCCCCAAACGAACUGUCCUUCGCAAGCCCUCGAGCGCGAGACGCAAUUUACAAGGACGAGUACACCAAAGGCUUCACUCCAACGCAGAACAACGUCAGUUUUGCGAUCGAUGUCGUGAUCGGAGACACCACGGCGCAGUCGGCCACCACCCGAACAGACCAUCGGAGUGUGCGGUCGCAGGUCCAGGGGAUUCUGGCAACUUAUCCCACCCAAAGCCAGGAGACGAUUCACCGGACUUACCUGGCGGAAUUGGAGGAAGAGCUAAACACCGCAGCCCGCGGAGGGAAGCAAUACAAUCUGACGGCUGGGAUGGACCGGCUGAUCUGGCAGUGCAUGGGGCAUUUCUUCCUCGGUCAUUCCAUUCCCAUUAGCACGAAAGAGACAUUUGACUACUUUCGGCGGUGGGAUAACGUAUACACCGCUGGUUUGGACUUGAUGUUUUACAUCGGUCGCGUGCCAGGGGCAUCGGCCGUCGCAGCGGUUCUGCUGAGGAUGAUUCGGAAUCUUAUGACGACGGACUGGGUGCAGGUGAACACUUUCAGUCGGAUCCAGGAACUCACAGACCGAAAAGAGUUUCGACAGAGCAUUGUCGCGCAAAAGCUGGGGAUCGUGGACGGGGCCGACGGAAAGCCCGAGUUGAAGCGCGCCAUGGCACAUAUCAGUCUUCUUGUAAUCGGUGGAUAUGACCCCGUUUCAGCCGCCGCAUCCGCCGUCUUCUACUACCUACUGCAACAUCGCAAGGCGCUCGCAACGCUGAAGCACGAGCUCCGCACUGCUAUUUCCCGUGAAGAAGCUUGUACAGAUGAAAUAUUGUCUCAGAUCGCUUACCUGAAUGCCUGCAUCCAAGAAAGCCUUCGACUACAGCCACCAGUGAACGACGUGGGCGCCAGAAUCUCCACCGGCAUAGAGGUAGAUGGCGUCUAUGUGCCCAAGGGGGCCAAAGUCUUCGUUGACAAGUAUUCGAUCCACCGAUCUGCAAGGUACUUCAAGGACCCCGAACGAUGGGACCCCGAGCGGUGGCUUGCCCCCACCCCCGAGUCGGAUUUGGCUGCAUUCUCGGCAUUCUCGGUGGGCACCCAUGCGUGCCCGGGAAAGAUCAUGGGACUGCGGGUGCUGCGUCUGACUAUCGCAAAGCUGCUGCUGAGCUAUGAUUUCCAGCUCGCUGGUUCGAAAUUUGACUGGGAUCGCGAUGCGCAUUGCUGUCAUGUGUGGCAGGAUUUUCGGGUGGAUGUGAAGGUUAGCAAGGUUGGGGCUGUACAGUAG